AUGCGCCUAGUGUGUUGGAAUGUCAAUGGCCUUCGCACGUUGAAAGGGUACCAGCCAUGGUAUCAAUUGCCGUCAUGGGAAGCUUGUCUAGAGACGUUGGAAGCAGAUAUUGCGUGCUUCCAGGAAGUGAAAAUGACACGCAAGCAACUCACACAUGCGAUGUGCAUUAUGGACAAGUACGAGGCCUUCUACGAUUUGCAUCCAACGAAGGGUUAUGCAGGUACCGUGAUCUUUUGUGGGAUCACAGGCUAUGGCCCUGGUGAUGUGAUUGGUACACCGGCCCAGACACUGCAGGAGACCGUCGACCCGGCCCUAUUUCAAGCGCUAGAUCAGGAGGGGCGGUGUGUUGUGCUGGACUGCCGCCUGUUUGUGCUGAUCAACGUGUAUGCGCCCAACGAAACAGGGCCAGAGCGCGUGGCCUACAAAAUGGCCUUCUACCAUGCCUUAGAGGAGAGGGUGCGCCAUCUGAUCGCAGCAGGGCGGGAUGUAUUGGUGGUGGGCGAUAUGAACGUAGUAGCUAGUCCCGUUGACCAUUGUGAAGGCGCGUUGAUGCCGCCGGUGGACUUUAUCGCGCAUCCUGCGCGGCAGUGGUUCCGCGCUUUCCUGGCACCGUCAGGGCCGCUAGUGGAUGUGACGCGGACGUACCAUCCAGACCGUAUGAAGAUGUAUACGUGUUGGAAUACACUCAUUGACGCCCGCCCGGCGAACUACGGCACUCGCCUAGAUUAUACGCUAGCGACGCCGUCGUUGCUUGCAUGGGUUCGCGACGCAGAUAUACAGCCGUCCAUCCAUGGUUCCGACCACUGUCCUGUCUAUGUAGACUUCCACGAGUCUAUCUCUACGGACCAGGGCCUCGUUCAGCUGCCAGAGCAGCUUGGAGGUACAGAUCUGACAUACACGAUCCCGUCGAUGGCAGCAUCGCAGCAUGGCGCCUUUUCCAUCAAGACACAGCCACGCUUAGCUGCUAUGUUUGGCGCUAUGCAAGAGCGGCAACGCAUACGGGUCGGAGAGAAUAUGGGUACGCAAGCGGAGCCCACAAGCCAGUCCAGCGAUACGCAGUCACGUAUGGCCGUGCCCAUGCCAGAGAAGCGCCGUGCCAAGGGACGGCCGGCCAAGUCCAUAUCUUCACAAACAACGCUACGAACAUUCUUUCAGAAGCGCGCCCCAGAAACAAAGGUGGUCGAAGCGGCGCAGCAUGUCGUCAAAACCACACCGAUACCCUCGACUAGGUCCUCAGCGCAGCAACGAGCCAAAGCCAAAGAAGCGUGGGGACAGCUGUUCACACCGACACCGCCGCCGCUGUGCCGAGUCCAUCAGGAGCCUGCCAAGUCGUUUACCGUUAACAAGCCAGGGAUCAAUCAAGGCCGAAAGUUUUGGGUGUGUGCCCGCCCUGUGGGGCCUGGGUAUGAAGGAAACAAACAUGGCUCCGUGGUGGAUCCCCAAUAUCGAUGUGAUUUUUUUGCGUGGGACUCGGAUGUACGACGCCAACGGCGCUAG